UUCAGUUGAGACUCAGUAUGGUGAAGAAAAGCAGGAGUCCUGUCACAUACGCUAAAAUGAAGGGUAUCAUCUCAUACUUUGCUGCUUUAAUCAGAGAGAAAAAACAUGGUUCGACUGACCUGCUACAGAAGCUUGGGACCCGAAUUCCAGUUUAUCAACACAAUAUGGAUUCAGAGUGUUUUCUAAGACCAGAAGCCAGUUUGUCUGAUGAGUCUGCGGCAGCUGCACAGUGCCUCGCCAGUACAGCACAGGAGCUGCAAAAGUCUCAGGUUUCCGCAGCAGAUUUUGACUACUUGAGGGUGAUUGGGACAGGCAGUUUUGGCAAGGUUCUUUUAGCAAAGUAUAAGAAGAACAAUAGAUACUAUGCGGUGAAAGUUUUACAGAAGCACAUUAUCAUGGAGAAAGAAGCGGAAGGAAACAUCAUGUGUGAGCGUAACGUGCUAGUGAAAACUCUGAAUCAUCCGUUCUUGGUGAGACUUCACUUCAGCUUUCAGACCAAAGAGCGGCUUUGUCUAGUGUUGGACUAUGCAAGUGGUGGAGAGCUCUUUCACCACCUCCAAAAAGAGCGUGUGUUCAGGGAACCCAGAGCCAGAUUCUACGCUGCAGAAAUGGCCAGUGCUCUAGGAUACUUACAUUCACUGCACAUUAUCUACAGGGACCUGAAGCCAGAGAACAUCUUGCUCGACUCUGAAGGCCAUGUGGUCCUAACAGACUUUGGCUUGUGUAAAGAGGGCAUAGCGGGACGUACAACCACCAAAACCUUUUGUGGAACCCCUGAAUAUCUGGCGCCCGAGGUUCUCCAGCAGCACGAAUACGACCGUACCGUGGACUGGUGGGGGCUUGGAGCUGUUCUGCAUGAAAUGCUUUAUGGUCUGCCACCCUUCUACAGUGCAGACCGCAUGAAGAUGUUAGGCAAUAUAAUUUAUCAACCGCUGGUCCUUAAGGCUGGAGUGUCCAAGGGUGGAAGAGAUUUUCUUAAAGGCUUGCUGAACAAAGAUAGAGCUAAGAGACUAGGAGCUAAACGUGACAUGGAUGAGCUAAAGCAGCACUCCUUCUUUUCCUCUAUCCAGUGGGAUGACCUCGUGGCAAAGAAAAUCCCACCCCCCUUCGUUCCCUCACUGUCUGGCCCUGAUGACCUGACAAACAUUAACCCUGCAUUCACGAGACUUCCUGUCCCAGAGUCUCUGGGUGUGUGUGAAGAGGCUGGGGUCAGCUUCCCUGGAUUCAACUAUAUGAGUGAAAUCAUCUCAUCAAUGUCGACGUAGAUAAUCAGAUAGUGAAAUAUUCGAAUCACAAUGCUCAGACAUGUGAUCAACGGAGUCGAAUCGAUCCUGCCUCCGGGCAAAACUGACCAUGAUAUUACCUCUCAGAGUGGAUAUGGAUGUUUACCUAAAAGUUAGAGUGCAAAAUUUUUUUCUUAUUAUUUUCUGGAUUUCAUUUGGACCACUGCACUGUUGCUGCUCUUUUGUGUGUCUCUUCUUAGUCCUGAACUCAGCGAAUCAACGAUGUUAAUUUUAUUUACAUUUUUUAUA